AUGAAAACUACCGUCGAUGUUGCAGUCGAAACGGCAGAGGAUACAACACGGGACUUCUGGGCGCAUCAACGUCUAGAUUUGCUACUGGCGGGAUGCACACUCGAGCGAAAACAGCAGAUAGUCCAUUUUCUCGAAUACAAAGUUCCAGCCGACCUUCCUACGAGAAGCCGGGAGCUACCUUGGCCAAGCUGGGAUGGCGAAGCCGAGACUUUCUGCGCCUUCUUAUUCGAAUUAGAGGUAAAGAUUGAGGAGGAUCGACAUCUUCUCGGAUCCAACCGAGCCGUCUGUCUCGAAAUGCUGAGAACGCUUCCCAAACACAAGAAACACCGAGUUGACAUGUGGUUUCGCCGAGGCGGCCUCGACGGAAAUUAUGAUUGGCGGAAUCUUCUCGAGUACUUCCAGGAGCAGUUCCUAGGCCGCGCAGCUCGAAUGAGCGCAACUGGUGACAUGAUAACUAUACGGCAAGGCGCUGUCCAACCAUUCCAUGAGUAUCUCAAAGAUUUCGAAUGUAAGAUGAUGCAGUGCAAGGGCGAAAGAUGGCAGACGUCAAAUAUACUGACGCUACUUCAUAACGGACUCAACCUUACCUUGCAGGAAGUUCUCAUCACGGCUUGUCCGCCCUUUGAUUGGGAUUAUUUAAAAUGGGUGUCCAGGGUGGGAGAAAUAGCAAGCGAGCUUGAGUCGCUUCCAGCUCGUCGUCCCCCGGAAAAUAAUAUAGCCUGCUCCUGGUAUCUUAGCAGACACGAGGAAUCUGAGGACUUAGACACGCCGGAAGCCAAUCCGGGCAUGGCUCGGAUAGAGGAGAAUGGCGAAGCGCCUCACCUCAGUCGUAUAAAUGCAAGACGAAGCAACUCUCGCAAUGUGGAAAAUGAAACCGUUGUCGACAGGCCUAGCACCAUGCAGGGUAGCCUUAAUGCCGGCAGUGCAGCAGAGGAACGUUUGACCAAAGCUCGAGCCCCAUGGCGGCCGGAAGAAGAACUCACUCAACUCAGGCUCAGUGGCCGCUGCAUACGCUGUGGCGAAUUAGGGCAUAUAUCCCAUAGAUGUCCCACUUAUCGUUCCGCCCAACGGCCUUUUCCUGAGUGA